GUACCAACACAUACGCGCACAUACAGACCAUCAAAACACAGACAGAAGCUCACGAUGUCUUCUUCUUGUACCGGUCCUAUCAGCAGCGAGAUCGACAUGAAAGGCGUUGACCCUUCUCCGUCCCCUGCCCCCACGACUGUUCGAGCCACCGUCGUUCAGGCCUCCACCGUCUUUUACGACACUCCGGCGACUCUCGAUAAAGCGGAGAGGCUAUUGGCGGAAGCAGCCGGACUGGGGUCGCAGCUGAUUGUGUUCCCCGAAGCCUUCAUCGGUGGGUACCCUCGGGGGUUAAACUUCGUCGACCGCUCGCCCAAGGGCAAGGAGAGUUUCCGCAAGUACCACGCCUCGGCCAUUGAUGUGCCUGGGCCUGAAGUCGAACGUCUGGCCGCCCUGGCUGGAAAAUACAAAGUGUACCUGGUCAUGGGUGUUAUAGAGAGAGACGGAUACACGCUCUACUGCACGGUCAUCUUUUUCGACCCUCAAGGCCAGUACCUUGGGAAACACCGCAAACUCAUGCCGACCGCUUUGGAGCGUCUUGUUUGGGGUUUCGGCGAUGGGUCGACGAUCCCUGUCUUCGAUACGUCCAUCGGUAAACUAGGCUCUGUCAUUUGUUGGGAAAACAAAAUGCCGCUGAUGAGGACUGCUAUGUAUGCCAAAGGCAUUCAGAUAUACUGUGCUCCGACUGCUGAUCCUAACGCAACCUGGCAGUCGUCCAUGAUUCACAUUGCCCAUGAGGGCGGAUGCUUCGUGCUUUCGGCCAAUCAGUUCUGUCGAAGGGGGGAUUACCCUCCUCCUCCCGAAUAUGUUGUUAGCGGGACCGAUGAUGAUCUCUUGCCGGACUCUGUCGUGUGCGCCGGCGGCAGUGUCAUAGUUUCGCCAUCGGGUACAGUCCUUGCCGGGCCGAAUUACGAAGGAGAGGGUCUCAUCACAGCUGAGUUAGAUCUUGGAGAAAUUGCGCGGGCGAAGUUCAUGUUCGACGUCGUCGGGCAUUAUUCGCGGCCUGAUGUGUUGAGCCUCGUCGUGAAGGACCAUCGAGCUAGUCCUGUCACCUUCACCUCAACUGAGGGAGCCCUCUAGGCGUCUCCCGAUUUGCCGCCUCUGCUUCAUGCCUAGUUUAGGAUUCGUCGCAUGGCGAUGCCUUCUUCUAGGGGCAUUGCUCCGCAACUUCAAUUUCUAUGUCGAAUAACAUGCUGUGUCUGAGAAAACCAGUUUGCGUCUGGCCAACGGCAAUGGUUGACGGUCGAAAUGGCAGCCGUCGUCUGAGACGACAGUUCGUUAUCUGUAUUCUGUAUUUCGCGGAAUCGUGUAUUAAAAAUAAAUAAAUUGGGGCUUUGCGUGGGAAUGGAUUUAUGUG